AUGUCGCGAUUCUAUAUCUCGUUGCUAAUGGCUUCGCUCUUGUGCGGAUUGAGCCGCGCUCAGUUCGCCGUCUCCUCGGCCGGACCAUUCGGCGCGGUGGCUUCGGCGGGCGGUGUAACCGCUGUUGCUCAACUGCCCGGCUUCGGCGGUGGAUUCAAUAACUUUCCCGCCAAUAACUUUAACAAUUACAACAACAAUAAUGGCUUCAAUAUGCAUCAAGGCGGUGGCUGGGGAAACAACGGAUUUGGCGGAUGGGGAAAUGGCGGCGCCAGGCAACCACCUCCACCACAUCCGCAUGGCAUGGGCCGCCCACCCUUCAAUCCGGGCAUGGGACCGCAUAUGUUUGGCUGGGGCGCUGGCAGGCCACCAAUGCCACCUUUCCAGCCUGGCAUGCCGCCACAUAAUCGUGGUCAUGGACAUGGUCAUGGCAUGAUGGCCCCUCCACCUCCAUUUGGACCAAAUCGUCCGCCGCCUCCACCUCCAUUUGGACCAAAUCGCCCGCCGCCGCCUCCAGCCUUUUACCCUAAUGGAAAUAAUCUGAACCCCAACUUUCCCAACGCAAAUUUUAACAAUCAGCAGCCACCAACAAAUUGGUAUCCCAAUGGAGAUACCCAAGGCCCAUACGAUCCCAAUAACAACUAUGACAAUACCAAUCCUGUUGGCUCCAUUACAACGCCAGCCACAAAUCGGUACCCCAAUGGAGACACUCAAGGCCCAUACGAUCCCAAUAACAACUAUGACAAUACGAAUCCUGUUGGCUCCAUUACAACGCCAGCCACACUGCCACAGCCCACGGUUCCAACUACCAAAACGCCGACCCAUGGUUCACUGAUUAUGGGCACCAAACGUCCGCCGCUGCAACCACAACCAGAACCUUCACCUGCACCUGCACCACCGCCGAGUCCCGCGCCCACGCCACUGCCUCACAAGCCACCCCAAUCCAUUCAGCUGUCCCAACUGCGGGACAUCAUUUAUCCAACAUCAGUCCACUACGUACAUCUGCCCGAUCGAACGUCGCAGUCGGUGCCCACAAAUCCAGCCGAGCAGAUCGAUCCGCGCCGACGCUGACAUAUGAAUACUUUAAUUUUAGAAAUACAGUACUUGUAAAUAAAAUAUAUAAAACUCUUCCGUCUAAACGGAAAGCCUCUCCAUCGUGAUACGAUUUUUUCGAAACAGAGCUUAUCCAUAAAG